AGUUGUGUUCUUGUUGCAGAGCGUAGUAAAGAGAGAGGCUUUUCUAUUUUUGUGUUUGCGAGAUUGAACGAGAGGAGUUGUGAGUUUUAAAAAUUUAGGCUUCACGGGAUUGUCAGUGGGUAUCUUUCAUAUUUAGUACACGUAGCUCCAGAAAAGCUCAGUUUUUUUUAGGGAGAGAAGGAAGCGGUGGUGGUGUUUAUAGUGCUUUUUGCUUCAGUUUGAGUCAGUGGACAAGGUGGGUUUGUGUGUGUAGAACUCUCAUAGGUGCCUUGUUAGAAUUUAAGAUUGAAGAAGAAGGUGUGGUGCUGGUGAGAGGUGAGUCUGGUCUCUGGUUUGUUUCUAUGCUUUGUUUAUAUGUUUGUUACUGCAAUUUUUCAUGUAAGAUCUUUUGUCUUGUAAUCCUUGUUUUGGUUACUUGGGGGUCAGUUUCUGAAGGUUUGUUUUUGAAAUUUUUUAUAAUGAUUUUGAACCUCUGCAUCUUUCUGUGUCACUUUUUGUCAUGUAAUGCAGUUCUUCACGAGGUGCUGUCAGGUGUAUUUGCAAAGGAAAGGAAAGAAAAUAAGAGGGCUUUGGUCAUUUUAUCCAUACUUACAUUUUUAAGGUUUUGAUGCCCCCUUUGUUUUUGUUAAUCUUUUGCUCCACGCUUCUUUGCUUGCAACCUGUCUGAGAUCUUGCAGAGCCUUUCUGCUCUGUUCUAGCUCCGCCUUGGCUUUCGGCACUUUUGGAUUCUUUCAGUUUUAAAUUUCUCAAAACUUGGCUAUCCUUGUUAUGAAAAUGGGGAUAUAGCUUCAUUCACAUUCUCUUUCUUUCUCAAGUUUCUCUCUUUAUUUUGACCCCCUCCCGCAUUUGGUGGUUUCUUAGUGUUUGUUUCUACAUAAACUCUUCCUGGGUCUAUUUGACUUACCGCUUACUUCAACUUUUGCCUCCUCUUUUGUUUCUCUCUCCAGUCCCUAGCUGUGCAUUGUAGAGAGAGAAAGCAUGGGGAGAGCUGCAAGAUGGUUGAAGGGUCUGUUGGGGAUGAAGAAAGAGAAGGACCCUCUUGAGCUUCCGAGUAGUACGACCAAUACUACUCGGCCUGGUGAUCGUAAAGAGAAGAGGAGGUGGAGUUUCGGCAAGUCAUUUAAGGAUGCAAGUCCAAUUAGUCAUGUCCCGGCUAAUCUCCCCCCGAAUGUUUCCCCUGCUGAAUCGGCCUGGCUCAGAUCCUAUCUCGCAGAGACAGACAAGGAACAGAACAAGCACGCAAUUGCGGUGGCUGCUGCCACUGCCGCCGCUGCUGACGCUGCUGUGGCUGCUGCACAGGCUGCCGUGGCGGUUGUGAGGCUGACGAGCAAGGGCUCUGGGGGACAGUUGUUUGGAAAGAGAGAGAGAUGGGCGGCAAUGAAGAUUCAGACUGUUUUCCGAGGCUAUUUGGCCAGGAAGGCGCACCGAGCUCUCAGAGGAUUGGUUAAGUUGCAGGCUCUUGUUAGAGGCUUUCUUGUCAGGAAACGAGCUGCUGCUACUCUUCAUGGUAUGCAAGCUCUUUUUAGAGCACAGACAAAUGUCCGAUACCAGCGAGCACGUCGUUCUUUCAAUAAAGAGAACAGGUUUCUCCCCGAGAGCAGGCCUAGGAAGUCCAUUGAGAGAUUUGAUGAAGCAAGAAGUGGGUUUUAUAGCAAAAGGCUUUCGGCAUCUUACGAACCUUUUCUUAAUAGCUUUGAUGAAAGCCCAAAGAUUGUUGAAAUUGACACCUUCAGAACCAGAUCCAGGUCCCGUCGAUUCAACACCAUCUUAUCUGAAUGUGGCGAAGAGGUACCUUACACAUCUUCACCACUGCCAUGUCCAAUUUCAACUCGCAUUUCUGUACCCGAAGGCCAUCAUCUUCAGGAUUAUGAAUGCUAUUUCAAUCCUGAUGAAUGCAAGUUCGCUACGGCCCAUAGUACCCCGCGCUUAGCCAGCUCUUUUCGGUCUAAUGCACCCAGUACACCUGCCAAGAGCGUUUGUGGAGACAGCUUUUUUCAGCCUUACUCAAACUGCCCAAACUAUAUGUCAAGCACCAAGUCAUUCAAGGCCAAAUCAAGGUCCCACAGUGCUCCUAAGCAAAGGCCUGAAACCCUUCCUAGGAAGAAGCUCUCCCUUGAUGAAAUAAUGGCAGCAAGAAACAGUAUGAGCGGCAUUCGAAUGCAUCGACCCUACAACCAAGUCCAAGAAGAAGUCUUUCAUUAAUGAGGAAGGAGGUGCGAUGUGAAAUAGGGUAGAGUACUCCUCUUCCUUAGAUCAAAACGGGAAUCGCUUGCAUAGCAGAUGGUAAAGAAACAGAGUUGGAGAGCAUAAGAGCUUCUCCAAGCCUCAUUUCCAGACUUUAGUAAUUUAUAUCAAAUAGGGUAGAACACAGAGUGCUUUGUAAAUUCUUCGUUUUCUUGACAGUUUAUUUCGAAUUUUGUUUUAUGAGCAAUGAAUUAAUGAAAUGAGAGGAGCU